AUGAAGAACUCUGUUUACGCUACUGCCGCCCUGGUGGCCGCCGCUGCUGCCCAGUCUGUUGGAAGCGCUGUUGUUGUCAACAAGUGCAGCUACGAUGUUACUCUGGCCAACGUUCCCUCUGCCGAUGGUGGUUACUCUGAGGUCGACAAGACUCUGUCUCCUUCCGACAGCUACACCCAGCAGUGGACCGAGCUCUCCAACGGCAACGGCUGGUCCAUCAAGCUCUCCAACAGCACUUCCCUUACCAACAUUCUCCAGUACGAGUACACCUUCCAGAACGAUGGAACUAUCUGGUACGACCUGAGCGAGGUUAACGGCAACCCCUGGGACGGAGACUGGGAGAUCACUUCCAACACUGCUUCCUGCACUCCCAAGCAGCAGGCUUACCGCUACGCCACUGACGAUGCCUACGGCAUGCAGGCUUGCCCUUCUGACGCUACCAUCACUGUCACUCUCUGCUCUGGCGAUGACGACAAUGACAGCGCUGCUUCGUCUGCAUCCUCUUCCGUCGCAGUCGAGUCUACCUCCAGCCACUCCACUUUCUCGACCACUGUUGCCGCUCCCAGCACCGUCGGCGCUUCUGCCACCACUCUCCAGACCUCUGUCAUUACCUCGGCUGCCACCACCUCUAGCAACGGUGCUGUUGUGACCGUCACCCAGACUGCUUACACCACCUACUGGGAUGGCCACCACUGGGGCCGUCCUGUCAAGCGCGAUGGCCACCAGCACCGCCGCCACCCUCACGGCAACUAG